GAAAUGUCACGGAAAACACAAACAAUCCUUGUUCGCGCCAACGCACAACUAGGAAACUACGCAAUUCAACUGAACUUUUCAUAGAUAGUAAGGACAGCUGGCCUCAGCAGCCGGACCGUAAAAUAACAGGAACAAUAUUGCGAGGAAACCACCACAAGCUAUGACCUCUUCCAAGUGCCGAUUCUGCCUAGAGCCGCAUUGCCCUGAAGCCGGUAGCGUUUCCGUGCAGAACGUACCAUUCAGCACCGCCAUCAAGCGUGUAUUCUCGUUUGAGAUAAAAUCGGAACAUAAUUUACCCGACCAUGUGUGUAAAGUAUGUUCGACAAAGGUAUGGCUAUUCCAUACCUACAGCGUACUGGUGGAAGAUAAUCAGCGUAAACUGCUACAAGAAUGCACGAUGGCGAGUACUAUCCAAAGCGAUGACGUAGAUAACGCAUCGCCUAAUGGAACUUCAACUGAGCAUCCUCAAAUCAAAGUAGAACCACAGGACGAGGACAGCACCACGGUAGAUGACACCUCCGCAAACUGUGAGGAUGCUUUGGAAGCUACGGCUCAGCCAGUGUUAGAAAUUGAUGUAGCUGACAAUAUUACGACGGAAGAAUACCGUAUUGCAACAAACGGUGAGGAAAUCAAUUCAGUUACCACAGGUAAGACUUCCGCGGACACAAAUCUGCCGCUAGAAGAUGAAAGCACAAAUACUAGCAACGUGUUGGAGCGUGAUAGAACACACGAGGGCGAGCCAGGCGAAGCUGAAACAACUUCUGCGAACGAUUCUCAACAAACCUCGCAAGAUGUUUCCCUUCCCUCGAACACUGUCGGGCCGUUCGCGUGCGAUCACUGUGAGCGAUCGUUCGGCAGCCGAAAAGAGUUGAAAAACCAUCAGCGUAUCCACAAAACGAGCGAGUGUCCCAUUUGCAAAAAAACGAUUAAAGGGGACUUUAUCAACCAGCAUAUAGCCGUACACAAUGGCACGUUCCGGUGUGACAUCUGUGACACUCCGUUCGGCAGUCGCCUCACCUUGCGAAAGCACAAAGACCUGAGGCACGCGGACGAAGAUCAACCGUACGAUGAAGCGUUUCACUGCAGCAUGUGCGACCGGACAUUUCACAACAAAACGCAAUUGUCGGUGCAUCGCAAGACGCACCUCAUGAAACAGUGCCCGAUGUGCUUGAAGCAGGUAAGAAGCAUGCAUCUGCAGAGUCACAUUUCCACCCAUCAGGGUGCGCACUACUGUGAGCCUUGCCAGAAAGCGUUUUCGUCGCGCAAUAAUUUAUUGAUUCAUAAAAAAUCUAAACAUUCGACGGUGGUACAGCCGGUAGUGGCGUGCGAUCAGUGCGAACUUACCUUUCCCACUCGGGCAAAGCUGACCGUUCAUCAGAAGGUGCACCUGCGUAAAGUGUGUCAUGUCUGUGGGAAAUCAUUACGGCCGAACAAGAUGAAGGAGCAUCUGGCUUCGCAUGAAGGGGCGUUCCGGUGUCCGGACUGUGAUAAGACGUUCACCACCAAGUACAGCAUGCAGAAACACAUCCGUACAUCGGCGCAAUGUGGAAAAGAAACAAGCGAUGAUGAAUCAGAACCUGAGUUAACGGUAGCUUUAGAAUGCCGGGAAUGACUGUACUAAGCUGAGCUAUUAAUAUUUUUACCUAUUUUAGCCAUAUAACCGGUAAAGGUCUUGCCUUCUGAAUCUUCUUUUAUUCGAGAAAAAAAAAUAAUUCAUAAUACUUUAAUACAAACUUUACCAGCAAUACGGCCAGGCCGUUCUUUAUGAAUAAAAAAAAAUACAAACUUUACCUGAU